UGAGGUGGGUUUUCUGGGAAACGGAAGUUCUGCACUGCCUUUUCCCCCGGGCCACGCCUUUGAGAAGGAUAAAGGAGGAGGGACAGUGAGCUCACUCUGACCCGCUAACGCCUGGCUCUCUGCUCAGCCAGAAUAAGGACAUGAACCAACAAGGACAGAGGGAUGACCAGAAAGAGAGACUGCAUGAGGCCAGAUGGUGAGCGCUCCUGAGACACGAGCCGGAACGACCUGGAGAGGAAGGCGGACUGGUCAGCAGAUUUGGGGUCAAGGGGAAUAGGCAUCAGGUGAGUCAGAGAAUGAUGGAGAGGUGGGGUAAGGAUGGGAAAGAACUUGAAUUUUUGAGAGACUUGGAGAUAUUGAAUAUGGAAGUAUCAGUGGGUCAUUGUUGAGUGGUCAAAAUUGGGGGCCCAAGAGGGAAGCAGCUGAGUGAUCCCAGCAGUGGGCACAUAGGCACCCAGAAAUCUCCCUUUGGGUCUUCCUGUUUCCAUUUCAGAUUCCAUGUCUGAAUUGCCCUCCCCAACAACUCUCUUUGUGUGUGUGCAUCUUUCUGCCUCUAGGUUCCCCUAUCUUGCUGUGCCUUGAGGUCUGCCUCUCACCUUGUCUCCUUUUGUGUUUCUCUGGCUGGGUCUGCCGCUUUUUCUCUCUCAAUCUCAGUGCAGCCCUCUGACUCUCCAACAAGGGGCUUUAGAACGCCUUAGGAAUGGCCCCCGUGGCUGUUUUCUAGAACUGUGGAGCCAGCCUGUAGUCCCUGGGCAUAGGGUACUGAUUACUGACGAAGGCCUGAGUUGGCCUUUCAGGGUGCAGGGCUUUGGCACAGAGGCCCAGGGAGGGCAGCAGACUGGCCGGGGGACUGGACGGCGGCCUCUGUUCCUGCUAGCUCACAGACCAGUGCUUCCUCAUCUCGCCAAUUAUCACAUGCAAGGGGUCUUGCUGUUUCUCGAUCUGCAGACCUACUUUUUUGCCACUUCUGGAACCGAAUGGGAAACUGAGGUUUGGGAUGGCCUCAAGGGGAGGUUGGAGGGAGGUGCCCAGGGGUUCCUGGGAGGAAGGCACGAAGCACACCUCGGUGGCUGGUGGACACACUCAGGGACUCGGGGGCUCUGCCAGGCUCCACCCCCGCUUGUCCUGUGUCUGGGACCUGCCUACUGCAGCCUCAGCUCAGAGGCUCUCAGCCGCACUGUCUAUGGGGCUGAAGACCGAUGCAGGGCAGGGCGCAAGUCUCCAAGUGCUGUAGGAGCGAGGCCAAGGAUGAGUCCUGCUGCGGCCGGAAAGCCUGGCCCUGCUUCUCAGGACCAGACAGCAUGAGCCUGGGGCCCCCAGUCCCCCAGCAGGGCAGCUGCACCUGCCUUCUGAGCGCUGGUGGAGGAGACAGAUGGAGCUGCAGGUCUGAGGUGACUGUGGGUCCUGGUGGGGACAGAAAUGAGAGGGUCAGGGUUUUCAAGGUGCAAAAGAGGAUGACGCUAACAAACUCCAAAGAAAAUGUGCCCUCAGAUGACAGGACCCCCCAGCUGCUACCAGCUGCUACCAGCCCCCACUGCCCCUCCCCCAGUGUCGCCUGGUUUCUCCCCAUCCUGUGAUGUCUCCUCUCGGUAGCGUCUUCCCCACUCUCUCCCCUAAGCUCCCAGCCCUUCAAGGGUUCUCAGAGCCCCUGAUCUCCUGGUGUCUUUCUCGAGCUGAGCCCCGUUUUCCAUUCUGCAGCUGCCCAUCCAUCCCCGGUGCUAGGUGAAGGAUGAUGUUUGAUUGCAGGGCCUCCGGAGGCUCUCCCCUGGGGAGGCCAAAUUGAGUGGUGGCAGGAGCUCAGGCUGAUGGCCUGGAAGUGGCAGUCUUGGUUCAGGGCAGAACCCCACCCUCAGCAUCAGGCUGGGGAGCUGCAGAGGCCUGGUGUUACCUGGAGACACCCCUGGUAUGGUGGGCUCUGCAGGCUGGGCUGGCCCCUGGGGGCUGCCUCCGUGUCCCCAACAGGUGGGCUCCCUGGGAGGGGCCCAGCCCCCUCUGUGGUCAGCACGGAGACGGGAGUGCGGGGAGCAUAGCUUGGGGUUCUCACAAGAAUCCAUUCUCUCACUCAGUUUUCAGGACCCCAGUUAGCCUUCACUCUUUAACUCCUGCUAGCUGCUGUUGUCGCCCUCAGAAGACUGACUUCCACGAGGGCUCCUACUGUUGUUAGACCCAUACUCCUGGGCCCUGGUUUCAUGGCGGUGCAUUUACAGAAUGUGAGGCAUCCCUGGGGUGAGGACGAGUGCGGGCUGUGCACACACAGCCUCCUGAGAAGCAGCGCCCAAGCGUGCCUGUGUCCAGCCAUCUCGUGCCCCCGUGUGUCACUCUAGUUUUAGGGCUCUGCAGGGACAAGCAAGUCCAGCCCCUGAGCGCCAAGGGACAUUGUUAGGCCACCAGGAAGUGGGGUUGUCAUUCCAGGAUGGGGCUGGGACCGGGGCUCUGUGGGGCUGCAGGAUAGGCAGGCAGGGACGGCACACGCUUGGCAACGUGUAGAUGGAAUCUCUUGGAAAACGGGGUCUCCGUCCUAAUACUGGGCUCCAGCCGAAGGGAAGGGAAAGCUGCUGGGGGUCCUGUUUUCCAUGGGGUCCCUCCCCAUCCUCCAUGGGAGGAGCAGGGAGACUGACCUGGAGGUGGAAUCAGGUCCCAUAUCAGCCACCUUCUUGCACAGUGUCAGCACCCCAACACCUUCCCGUACAAAGUGCAGAAACCAAGGCAACGCGCAGAUGAGGAAAAGGUACCAAGACCCAGAGAAGCAGAGCUGUGUAGAAAUGGGUCGCAGACAUUUUGUCCACACGUGCUUCCUGCCUGUUUCGCUCUGAGGCACUGCCCACUCGGGUCUCCCCCAAAGCCGUGUCCCCUGCUCUGACUCCUCUCUGACCUGGGACAGUGUCAGCAUGGACAAACAGGAUAUUACUCACGGAAGGAGCUCUCGCCCACUCCCACCCCGGCCCGCCCACCCUGACCCACUGCCUGUCACCCUCACUCUCACUCUCCUUCACCCCCACACCACCCCACCCAUCCCUGUCCUCCCUGACUCACCUCCAAGUCCCAUUCACACAAACAAACAUUUCAGCACAACCCACUCCAACCGGUUUGGCUCAGGUGUGCAGCCUGCUGUGGGGACUGCGCACACACAGGCACGUGGGGGUGCACGGUGCUGGGGUACAGCACGCUCUCCUAAGCAAUGGUCACAUGUUCUGUGUCGGUCCCCUCCUGGAGCCUGCAGAGUGGAGCCCACGACAUGUCGACAUGUCGGUUGAACUCAGGCGUGCGGGCAGGGACGUGCUAAACAUGCUGCCUUGGUGUGAAUUGUUCCCAUUCUUAGGGCCAGAAUGUGGGUGGGAGAAGGGCAGGGAGGGAGGCAGAGCGGAAUGGGGGUUCAAUGAGGAAGAAAGAACAGAGCCCAGGGGACCAGGCGCUGGUCUGGGAAAUCUUCCUCCGCUGGUGUUUCCUUCCAGCCCCAACCCCAGGCUUCUCCCCGAAGAUGGAAGGAUGCGUCUGCGUCUGAGGGGGUGCUCCCUAGGAGCAAGGCUCGUGACACACGAGGGCCAGGGGCUUGGGGGAUGUGCUGGCUAAGUGAGGAGAGACCCCUUCCUCAAGCAAGGUCUGCAGUGGCCGCUGGGCUCACACGGUGUCCUUAGCUGUGUUGACAAGGACCUGAGCACACCAUGGAAGUGUCACCUGUCCUGGCCUUAGCCACCCGGAGAGUCCUGCGCCCUUUCAGUGCCUCCCCCACACAUGGCUGGAGUCGGGGGUGAGUGACUGACGGUCCCAACCCGGGGUCGCAGACUUGACUGGCAGUGCUGGGAGGACAGGUGCGUCGUGAGUGGGGCAGCUGAAGGACACACAGGGACUGCAUAGCCGCUGUGAUCUGCUAUCCCACCCGUGCCUCAGUUUCUCCUGGGGUCGCCUGGACCAGGAGGGGAGCACACUCAGCCCCACUGGGUGCCAUGGGCAGCAGACACGGCCAUGAAACAAGCCUGACAUCCGAGGAGCCCACAGGCACAAUCUCGUCCAGGCCCUCCGUCUCCACAGCGGCCCGCUCCCCGGCACACAGCGGCGCGGUCAGCGUUUCCUGGAUUGAAGCUCACGGUUUAGUUACAAUGAGGAUCGUGAGAUAACGGGUAGAACGGCCACCAGCUGAUGGAAAGGCUCCCCCUUUCACCGCCAGCACAGCCGAUGCCCUCUGCGACUCCUGGCCAGGUCCUUCCCUCCCUGGCGCCCAUUAGCUAGCCCAAGCCGUGGGGGCGGCGUCUGCGGAUCCCUGUGCCAGGCCCAGCCCCCGAGACGCACCUGUUCUGACCUGCUGAGCAGGUUCCCAGGUUUCUGCCGUCGUCGUUGGCCACGGCGUGGGAAGCAGCUCUGGGGGAGCUCGGAGCUCCCGGUCACGGCUCCUUGGGGGUAGCUACCGCUGGGCGGUAGAACGGGGGCCGGGUCCCCUAGCGGAAACCCCAGGGGGGUAGGCAGGCGUGUCAGAGCCUGGGGACUGGGUGGCUUGCUGCCCUCUGGGUCGGUGCCCCAGCCAGCUCUCGAGCCGGCUCCCAGGGAGAACUCGGAACUUCAGAAACACUGGGCAGCUCUGCCUUUGGACCGAUGCCCCCGUCCCUGGGAGCCGACAUGUGGGGGCCUGAGGCCUGGCUGCUGCUGCUGCUCCUGGCGUCAUCCACAGGCCGGUGCCCGGCGGGCGAGCUGGAGACCUCCGCCCUGGUGACCGUGGUCCUGGGCCAGGACGCAAAGCUGCCGUGCUUCUACCGAGCGGACCCCGGCGAGCAGGUGGGGCAGGUGGCGUGGCUGCGCGUGGAUGCGGGCGCCGCUGCCCGGGAGCUGGCGCUGCUGCACUCCGAGUACGGGCUGCACGUGAGCGCGGCCUACGAGGGCCGCGUGGAACGGCCGCCACUCCCACGGAGCCCCCAGGACGGCGCGGUGCUCCUGCGAAACGCCGUGCAGGCCGACGAAGGCGAGUACGAGUGCCGCGUGAGCACCUUCCCCGCCGGCAGCUUCGACGCGCGGCUCCGGCUGCGUGUGCUGGUGCCUCCCCUGCCCUCACUGAAUCCCGGGCCUGCGCUAGAAGAGGGCCAGGGGCUGACACUGGCCGCCUCCUGCACAGCAGAGGGCAGCCCGGCCCCCAACGUGACCUGGGACACAGAGGUCAAAGGCACAACUUCCAGCCGCUCCUCCAAGCACUCCCGCUCAGCUGCUGUCACGUCAGAGUUCCACCUGGUGCCCAGCCGCAGCAUGAAUGGGCAGCCACUUACCUGCGUGGUGUCCCACCCUGGCCUGCUGCAGGACCAGAGGAUCACUCACACCCUCCAAGUGGCCUUCCUCGCUGAGGCCUCUGUGAGGGGUCUUGAAGACCAGAAGCUAUGGCAGGUUGGCAGAGAAGGGGCUGCACUCAGGUGCCUGAGUGAAGGGCAGCCCCCCCCCUCCUACAACUGGACACGGCUGGACGGGCCUCUGCCGAGCGGGGUGCGAGCGGACGGGGACACCCUGGGCUUUCCCCCGCUGACCACUGAGCACAGCGGCGUCUACAUCUGCCAUGUCAGCAAUGAGCUGUCCUCGAGGGACUCUCAGGUCACUGUGGAGGUUCUUGGCCCCGACGAGGCCCCAGUGAGGCAGGUGGACCUGGUGUCGGCCUCUGUGCUGGUGGUGGGGAUCAUCGCAGCGCUCCUGCUCGGCCUCCUGGUGGCAGUGGUGCUGCUGAUGGCCCGGUACCAUCGGCGCAAGACCCAGCAGAUGACGCAGAAAUAUGAGGAGGAGCUGACCCUGACCAGGGAGAACUCCAUCCGGAGGCUGCAUUCCCACCGCUCAGACCCCAGGAGCCAGCCGGAGGAGAGUGUAGGGCUGAGAGCCGAGGGCCACCCUGAUAGUCUCAAGGACAACAGUAGCUGCUCUGUGAUGAGUGAAGAGCCAGAGGGCCGGAGUUACUCCACGCUGACCACUGUGAGGGAGAUAGAGACACAGACGGAGCUGCUGUGUCCGGGCUCUGGGCGGGCCGAGGAGGAGGAAGGCCGGGACGAAGGCAUCAAACAGGCCAUGAGCCACUUCGUGCAGGAGAACGGGACACUGCGGGCCAAACCCACCAGCAAUGGCAUCUACAUCAACGGGCGGGGCCACCUGGUCUGACCAGGCCCCACACGCGGCGCCCGCUCUGCUGGCAGGGGCACCUCGGGGCCCCAAAACACCCACUUCUUCAGGAAGGUGCUCCCACCCCACUGACUGCUUGUCCUCUCCGUCCAGCCCUUGUGUUCCAUGACCUGAGGGAGAGCUGAGUCCCACCCCUGUGUGUGUGUGUGUGUGUGUGUGUGUGUGUGAGUGUUGGCUGAUUGCGUGUGCGGGGACGGGCGACUGUGUGUGGCUUGCAUCGUACUGUCGUGUCGGAGUCCAGGUGACCGGUCUGUGUGUGCCCCAGGAUUCAGGCAGCUGCCUGGGGACGGCCAACUGGUCGCUGGUGUGCUCUGUGACUCACACCUGCCUCCGGAUGCAGCGUUUCCCUCAGACCCCAGAGCAGUAUUAAGGAGCCAGAGGAUGGAGGCAACACGUGGAGGCUGCGGGCACGGCCAGGUGUGCGGGCGCAGCUGGAGCUGCAGUCUGGCGUCCUGGGUGGGGGAGCGGGCUCCCACCACCUGGGAGCCAAGGGGCGAGUGCGAGGCAGUGUCCUGGGGGUCUGCCGGACGUUCCCACUGCUUAAGAAGGAGCCCUCUGCCCUCCAGCCUGGAGCCUGCUGCUCAUACGGACUUUCUGUGAAUACACCUGCCCAGGGGCUUCUGGAAGGACCACUGCUACGAACCCGCUAAUAAGAGAAGAGACGACGCGCAUGAAUGUUUGUUAGUACGAGGGUGGCUCACAGUGAGGCCAAUUGACACAGGAAUUCAGCAAGCUAGCCAGUGCUCAGACCCCACCCUAGGGGGUUACUUUCUGUGGCUCUGAAAUGUGCUCCUUCUAAAGCAUCUUAACCUAGGCGGCCUCAUGGGGGAGCCUGCAGUGACUGGCUUGGGGGGACAGACUAUGGUCCUCGGCCCUCUCGGCCCCCAGCUCGUCCCCUGGCCUCCUGUCUCUUCUUAGCUGUGUACACAGUUGUUUGUGGUCCCUUGGGGGGGUUGUUGGGACUUGGUGACAGGACACCUGGUUCGGUUGUGGUGCAAGGGAGAGAGAGUAGUGGGGGUUCUGGUGAAGGAGCUGCUGGAGACAAGGGUGACCCCAUUUUCCCAGGGGUCUUGAGGCCACUGAUUCAGGGCUUUUCUGGCAGCCUCUCUGGGUGGAGGCUGGGGUUAGAUAGAGUCUGUUUCUGUCCGGUCCAGCCAAACACUCUUAGUCGGAAUACCUAGAUUUGUGCCCAAACCCUGCUUGGCCUGGAAUGUGCUUGAUUUCUGGACCACAGGAGAGACUCCCAGCUCCUGCUCCCCAGCCAGCCCUGGUAUUUGGGUUUGGACCCCCCAUAUGUACAUUCUGUAUAAAUAUAUGCGUAUCUGUACAUAAAAUGAUACUCUGUUUUUAAAUAAACAGCUAGAACAUGUUC